AACAGGAUCCACUGAAAUCUCACGCUUGCGUCAGUCGUGGUAGGGACUUAGCCACAGGUGAAAUUCGCUGAACUCCGCUGCUGCAUCUGCUCCCACCCCAAGGCCCCAGGCUGGACCAACCGAACUGGGAUUCGCUGUGCUAUACUAAGAGCCAGGGCCCUGAAGGAGUGAGCGGGGUUUGAUUCCUCUUCCCAAGAACAAGAAUGCCCCCGAGGAAUUUCUCACUCUGUCAAAGUGCAAAACUAAUUUCUCCGGAUAAGCGCUGUUGCCGAUUCCCAAAAGGGCUUGGAAAGAUCCCAGUAGGAAUGUUUAGUGGUUUCCAAAUCUCUUCACCCAGCAGCUGAACACGCAGACACUGACCAUCAAAAACUUCUUGGUGGGUGGACACACGUCCUCCUUCACAGAUAGGCCUUCUUUUGGUACAUCUCAGUCCCCAUGUUAUGAAGACUUUGGACAUUAGCCAGAGGAUGCACAAUCAUGAACUCAGCGCAGACACAGCACACAUAUACAGGUUCUCUAGACCCAAACAGCUCUGCAACUCAGUUUGGAAAACCUCCAGUUAGUGAUUCCAGAGCUGGCCAGUCAAUCUCUUCAACCAAGCCUAAUGACAUCAUCAAUCAUUGCUUCACCUCGACAGAAUUCCCGGAGCAAACUUCUGGAAAAGUGAGGAGAUCAAGGGUCGAGCACAGGUCAGCUGCGGAGAUGACAGCAGAGCUGGACCGAGAGCCGGCCUCCGGGCUUCGUCCUCAGCUUUGGUUGCAUCACAUGUGUACCCUCAGGACUUCAAGUACAAUGCUGGAAAGAAGAGUUGAUGUGGACAUUUUUGUCUUGUUCCUGAUUUUAAAGCAAUGCUUCAAAUCUUUCACCUUGAAGAAUGAUGUUUGCUGUAAUUAUUUGAUAAAAGCUCUUUAUCAGUUCUCUGCAGGCAAAGAGAGGAACAUGAGCGGUAUGGCGUGUCCAUUUUACAGAUGGGAACAACAGGGGACUUGCUUCCCCAUCGCUUCUCUCCGUCCCUGCCCUCGCGGCUUUAUUUCCCCCCUUCCAACUGCUGUUGCACUGGAGGGAGUUGGGGCCGCUCCGGAGCCCCUGUGCAGCUCCUGCGACGGGAGGGGGAGUUGGGCUCGGGCCGCUGAGUUGGGGGGGCCGCAGCGGGCUCCGGCCUCGCCUCGGCUGCAGCUACACGGGUGCCGAGCUGCAGCGCUGCACGGGCCCAUCAUUGCGGCGGCCCCGGAGUUUGGCCGCCGCCGCUCCUUGUUCAGCCCCAUCACCGCCGCCGCCGCUGCACUGGAGUUUGGCUGCUGCUGCCCUACUUCACUCUAG